AUGGUGGACUUACUGGGCGGGCGGCACCUGCUGACCCGCGAGGGCAAGGCGGUGGAGGCGGAGUCGGCGCUGCAGAACAAGGUGGUGGCUCUGUACUUCGCGGCGGGCCGCUGCGCGCCCAGCCGCGACUUCACGCCGCUGCUCGGCGAGUUCUACGCGGCGCUGGUGGGCGAGGCGCGGCGGCCCGCGCCCUUCGAGGUGGUCUUCGUGUCGGCAGACGGCAGCGCGCACGAGAUGCUGGAGUUCAUGCGCGAGCUGCACGGGGACUGGCUGGCGCUGCCCUUCCACGACCCUUACCGGCAUGAACUGAAGAAGCGAUACAACAUCACCGCCAUCCCCAAGCUUGUGAUCGUGAAACAAAAUGGGGAGGUUAUCACCAACAAAGGGCGGAAGCAGAUCCGGGAGCGAGGGCUGGCCUGCUUCCAGGACUGGGUGGAGGUGGCCGACAUCUUCCAGAAUUUCUCAGGUUGAUCAGGAGGGUCCUGGAGCGAGCGCCUGGACAGGUGCAGCUCCCUGCGGCGUGAACAUUGGAGAAAGAACAACGCCUUUGUUUCACCUUCCUGUGCAUAUUUUCAUUUUCUUUCAAAACACAAGUGUGGUAAGCUGUGACAAAAUAAAUGUUGCUCAGGGGGAAAAAAGUCUCAUCCUGUAGCUUGAUUAGUUUGUAGUUUAGUUUUUGCAUAACCUUAUCCACCUACCUGUGCCUAGCAGGGACGCUCAUGUGUCCCCACUAAGCUCUCAGAAAGCUAUGCAAAUGUUUAUUUGUGUAUACCUCUUCAGGGAACAUGAUCUAUUUAUUGAUAAAAAA